AUUUGUGCAUGAGGAAUUGGGGGUGUGGAUUCAAUCUUAAGGAGUUGGCUGGGAGAUAAAGGAUGUAUUGUUGCUCCGAUGGAGUCUGAGGGAGUAGAAACAAACUGAAACAUAACAAAAACAUACGGCACUAUCAGUCGAGACUGCAUUUAGGAGGAAGCAGACAGAUUCUGGAGAGUCGUGGGACAAGUUCAACUGGAUCAUGACCCAUUUCGGAUACAUACUUUCCAUUUGUCUUAUUCUGACCACCGUUGUCCAUUGCCAGCGUCGUCAACCUAAACCAAAGCCAUCAAAGCCUCCAAAGCCUCCCAAGAUUCCCAAGCUUCCCAAGCCUCCCAAACCUCCCAAGCCUCCAAAGCCUGAAAAAGCAGUGGUCAUUGGACCUACAGAGCCAAGUCAUGUGACAGUGCUUCCACCACCUCUACCCCCAGGCCCAGAGUCAGUGUUUCCGGACUGUCCAAGAGAGUGUAACUGCCCUCCUGACUACCCCAAUGCACUGUACUGUGACAGCCGCAAUCUAAGAAUUGUGCCCAUCAUUCCACCCAGGAUCCAUUAUGUCUAUCUCCAAAAUAACUUCAUAGAAGCUCUUCCUGAACGGCCUUUCAGGAAUGCAACUGAAAUCAAAUGGAUCAAUUUGGACAACAACAGGAUUUCCAGUCAAAAACUUGAUAAGGAGGUUUUUAAGAUUAUGAACAAACUUCUUUUCUUGUACAUGGAUAGAAAUAAAUUGAAUGGAGUUCCCCCGAAUCUUCCAUCCAGUCUAGAGCAACUUCGGCUGUCUAGGAAUCAAAUCGCCAAAAUUCCAUCAGGCAGCUUUAGCAAGAUGGAGAACCUUACCUUGCUCGAUCUCCACCAUAACAAGCUAUCUGAUAGUGUCUUCAACAAAAAUACAUUCAAAGGUCUCAAAAGCCUCAUGCAGCUCAAUUUGGCUCACAAUUCCUUGAAGAAAAUGCCUCCAACUGUCCCUCAGCAUAUAUUUCAACUCUUCUUGGAUAAGAAUCAAAUCACAGAAAUACCUAAUGACUAUUUCAAGAAUUUACACCAUUUGGCCUUUUUAAGGCUGAAUUUCAACCAGUUGACAGACCAAGGGAUCCCCAAUGGUCUUUUUAAUGUAUCAACUCUCCUGGAUCUCCACCUGUCCAACAACAAACUCAAUUCUAUACCAAUGAUUAAUAUAAAGCUGGAACACCUAUAUCUCAGCCACAACUAUAUUGAAAAAAUCAAUGGAACUGAAAUCUGCCCUUGUCCCCUUGGUAACAUUGCUUUACAUGCCCAUGACUUGGACAUGAUACCUCGCCUUCGAUAUCUACGAUUGGAUGGGAAUGCGCUGGCGCCCCCAAUACCAAUGGAAAUAAGGAUGUGUUUUAGACUCUUGCAGGCAAUAGUGGUUUGAAAGCUUGCAAGUUCUUUUUCUCCUCUUUCAACAGAGCCAAUUUUAAACUAGGGCCUUUGGUCCAGCUUUCUUUCUGUCAGAUUAUUGCUAUGAUUAUGUUAAAUGGUCAGGCACAAAGUACUGCAGAAACAGCUUCUUUCCUUUCAGAAUAACAUUUGGACUCAAAAGGUCCAAAUUGAUCCAAGUGGGGUCAUCACACCUGUAUUAAACCAGCGAUAGUGUACACCACCUUUUUCUCCACAGAAGUACCAUAUGGAAAAGAACGACAAGACCAGCUGAUCUGUUCAGUCUGUUGCAUAUAGACAUGGUUCAGCCUCCAAACACACCAAUCAAUCGUGUAAGAGACAACGAAAAAACAGGUUUAAAAAAAAAUUGGUUAAUAUUUAGGAAGAAUAAAACAGUGAAACUGUUAUGAAUCUUGUACCUACAGAACACAGAUUGGAAUUCCUUGUGAUCUCCUUUCUGAUUCUCAAGUUCUCCAAUCAUGGGGUGUAUUGGGUCUGAGUAAUAUUUUUAAGUGUGCUUGUGAAGUUAAGACUAUGCGCAAAUGAUGACCUUGGUAAUUUCUCCAGCUGUGGUGGAUACCACAAGAAGGCAUAAGCAUUGUGUUUUUCUAAUUUAGUUUCUGUUUCUGGUGGAAGCUCAGGUGCUACUUUCUAUGUGAAGCCGCUGUGUAACGGUCUGGUAAUCACUGCUGGAAAUGUUACAAUCUAUUCCUCUUCUCUUUUUCUAAUUUGUUGCCUAUUUGUCCUCACUUCUCAAUGUGAAAAUCAAGGGAUGAAUGGGCUUCCAUGUAAGUUGAACCAAACAAGAGCUGUGCUGGGGCUAUCAACAGGAUUCUGUCUUGCUUGUAAGUCCAUCACCAAUUACAUAGAAUAUUAAUGUAAGGUAAUAAAGGUUUUAGAAGUAAAAAUGCAUCAUUAGCAGCUACUUCUGGUUUAUUUGGUCCCACUAAAGGUUUUUGUCAUUAUUAAUUGUUUACACUGUGUAGUUUUAUCCUGCACACAGACUUAAUAUUUCAUGCGCAGUCAGUUAACAGUCAUCAGCCUACAGGCUGUUGAAUUUGUGCUGACUUGGAAAUGACUAAAUAGUCAUUUUUGUCCCUUUUCGGCAGCUGGCUCCAUUGAUGUAAAACUAAUAGACAAGAUAAUAGCAGAAAUAAUUAUCACUUCCAAAAUUCAUUAGUAUGCGAUCCAGAAAGGGAGGACAAAAUUAGUGUUUGUAGUGUAAUUCAAACAUGCUAAAUUGGGUCUAUUUUGCAUUCUGCUCAAUUGCUUCAAUUUAUUUAAAUCUGUCUAUCCUCAUGCGGCUGGGCUGCUCCUAUCAGCCUCGCUUGAGGCAGAUCAGUGAUGCCACAAGCACGGCAAUGAGCAAUGAUCCAUAACCCUAACACAAUCUUCACAAAAUACAUUGCAGCCUUCACAAUGUGAGUCUUAGACUCUCUAGAAUGUAUCACCAGGCCAUCGAUGAGGGUAUUUCACUUGUCUCUGAGUUUGCACUGUAUAUAUUUUUCACAAACUCGAAAGUUUGCAGAUUCAGCAAGAUAAAUCUACAUGUAAAAUGUGCAGGAGAAGUAAACAGAAGAAUUGAAAUAGAGGAGCAGUUCCUUAUUUGUACAUGCCUUUUCAAUUAUUUAUGCCCAAGAAUUCAUUCUAGGCUAAGAGGUACUUUUGGAGGGUGUAGGGAUCCAGAAUGAUGCUUCAGGAAAUAUUAGGGCCUGAGAAGACUAUUUGUUUUAGUUUGCAAAUAUUAUCUUCUUGAAACUAGCAAAUACACAUUAUGCACCAGCAGUAUACAUGUCUUCAAUAAAAUUGGUUUGAUGUAGGUUGGCUUAGAUUUUGUAUCCACAACCAAAGUUCCUGAAUUCUGCUUUCACUUAUAGAACAGCUUGGUCUGGUUCAAUUUACUAAAAUUUCAUUCUUGGGAUAUAGAUGUUGAUAGCAAGGCCAUUAUUUAUUGCUCAUCAUAUAGCUGCCCUUGUGAAGGUUGUGGUGCGCCUUCUUGUUGAACAGUUGCAGUCCAUUAUACUCCAAAAUACUCUUAGGCAAGGUGUUCCAGGAUUUAAACCCAGGAACAAUGAUGGUACAGCAAUAUAUAUGUCCAAGUUGAGAUGGUAUGUGAUUUGGAGGGGAGCUGGGAGGCUCUAGUAUUCAUGUGCAUCAAUUGCCUUGUCCUUCUAGGUGGCAGAAGUUAUGGCUUACGAAGGUGCUUCCAAGGAAGACUCAGCAAGUUUCUGUUGUGCAUCUUUUGUAGUGUGCCAAUGGUCGGAGUUAAUUUUUAAGGUGGUGAAUGGGGUGUCAAUUAAGCAGACUGCUUUGCGCUGGACAAUGUUGAACUUCUUGAGUUUUGCUUUGGCUACACUCAUCCAGAUAAGUGCAGAGAAUUCCAUCACAAUCCUGACUGUGCCUAGUGGAUGGUAUAGAGGCUUUAGGGAAUCUGGCAGUGAGCCAUUCAUUGCAAAAUACCCAGCCUCUGAGCUGCUCUAGUAGCCAUGGACUUGAUGCAGCCGGUCGAGUUUAAUUUCUGGUCAAUGGUGAUUCUUAGGAAGUUGAUGGUGAGGGAUUCAGUGGUGUUAAUGCCAAGGAAUUGACAUGGAAAUCCAUUCAUCCUGGAUAAUAUAGCACAAAGGUCUUUAAAGCUGCAAUAUUUUAUAGCAGAUAAGGUUUUAUUUUAAUGAUGCCACAUAUUUCUGCCUCACCUAUACAUCAGUUAACAAAUACAUAAACUAUUAAACCUAAAGAGCUAAAAGUUUUCAAAGCUAAAAUGUGCCUGGCAAGCCUUCUGUUUACAAAUAUCCACUCUCAGAGCUUUGCUUUAUACAAUGAUAGAUUACUGCUGUUAUCGCCUUUGUUUUGAAGAAUGUUUAUUUUAAAAUUUAUCUGUCAAAUAUUAAUUGUAUCAUAACUUUCAAAAAUUUCACAUUUCUUGCAUGCAUAUUUUAUUAAGCAAUAUUUGUAGCAAUAAUUAUAGCCAACAUAUUCAACUAUAACAAAUUGCAGCUUUAAGCCCCUCCCCCAUAGAAGUUGAUAUGCAAAUUGUUUUCAUUUGCUUUGUUUUAUCCAUUUAUUUGCUGAGAUCUGUAAUUUACUGCAGUGCAGUUUAAUGCAUUUCUUGCACAAAAGCAAAUAAUGUCAGCAUUGCUUACUCCACAUUUAAUAAAAAUUAAAUAAAUGGAAUAACAGUUCUUCAGCAUAAAAGGACAUUGAGAGAUUUUUUUUAAAUGCAGUAAAUGAUCUUUUAAAACUGUUUUUUUGUGGUCCUUCUGUCAAAUGUUUGAAAAGUGGUAAAUUAUAGAGUUGUUUAAACAUAUGGAGUAGAACCAAUGGAAAGGAAAAUGGGAAAGGGUUUCUCAGUAACUAUAAUUCUCAGUAAUAAAGAGACUUUACUGCAGCAUUUACAUUUAACCUCAAAGCUGAGCUGGAAUCCUGAAGCAAAAACAGAGAAUACUGCAAAGAUCUACCACUUUAAUACUUUUAAAUCGCUAUUUUGGUGUGAAUUCCUAUAAGCAAAUUAAUAGCAGACAAUCAAAGUCAUUGGAUCAGCUAUCCUUAAUGAAACAUCUCAUACAAAAUCUACCAGAGGCCAAUGGAUAAAUCACACAGAAUCCAGCAGGAAUAGAGGACACCCUGGAGAAUUCUUACUGGCUUGUAAAGGAUUGAACAUGUUUCCGCAAGAUAGAUUCUAUCUAUUAUAAGAUUUUCUUCAUUAGGCAUAAUUGUUGUCACUAAAAUGAAACCUUUGUACACAUCAUCAUUAUUGUUGGAUUAUAGGAAUUUCUAGAUGUAAAAAGGGGCAAGGUCUAUCUAAUUUGCCUUCCAAGAGCCUGUGGGAAGGCAUUUGAGCACAAAAUGUCCAUUCAGGUAGAUGUGGAAGAUCUCACAUCACUAUUUAAAGAAGAAUAAGGAAUUUUUCCAACAUGCUGGUCAAUAUUCAUCCCUUAAACAAUGCCACCAAAAACAACUUAACUGAUUAUUUCUCUCUUUGCUGUUUUUGAGAUCUUGCUGUGUGGAAACCAGUUGCCAUGUUUUCUCAGAUAACAGUAACUGCAAGUUGCCAUAAUUAAUUGGCUAUCAAGCAUUUUGGGAUAGCUUGGGAGCAUAAACAGGGCACAAUUAAUUUAAGUUAUUUUUUUCUUCCUUUAAAUGUAAGAAAUCCAUUUGGUAAUUCAAACUGUAAUGAUCAUAAUCAAUUUUAGCAUGUGAGACACCACAAAAAAAACUUAAGUUCCCUUGAACUUUUAAUCCAAAAGGCACUAUAUUUGUCAAUGCUUACAAUUAAAACUGUAAUCGUUUUUCAGCUUAUGAAAUAAUUAAAGGAUAAUAUAUGGGUUUAUGUUAAGGUUUAAAUCCCAUAUGUGGUGGAUCAAUGAAAGGGCUGGUGUACUUUUUGAUUCGAAGAAUUGUAAAAUUGCCGUCCUACACGUCAAUAAAUGAAUGUUAUUUCAAUACUUGAAAUAUUUUUAAUAAAGUCACUGGAAAUGAA